CGUGAACGAUAUCAUGACUAGAUCCUCCAUUUCUCCACAACUUCUCCACAAUAUCAUGACUGCAUCUCGGAAAAGCCGUCCGAUGUUGAUAUAUAGAACCAUCGAAACUCCAGAUUGAGUGUAACCACAAGUACAACACUACUAAUCACAAACAUCCUCACAAAAUGCAAGUCCUCAAGAAGAACAAAUUCGCCAUAGGCACCUCAUCCCUUGGCCUCCACCCAACCCACCUCCUCGACCAAAAGCUCCACGCCGCCGCCAAACACGGCUUCACAGGCGUCGAAAUCGUCUACCAGGACCUCUCAACCUACAGCACCCACCACUCUCUCCCCAUCCUCACAGCCGCCCAACACAUCCACACCCUCUGCACCACCCUCAACCUCACCAUCCUCUCCCUCUGCCCCUUCGAAAACUACGAAGGCGCCCUCUCCCCCCUCUCCUCCCGCCUCGCCCUCGCCUCCACCUGGCUCACCAUCGCCCGCGCCCUCCAAACCCCCCACAUCCAAGUCCCCGCGCAAUUCGCCCAGGAAACCUCCUCAACCCCCCUCUCAACCAUCGUCUCCGACCUCCAGGCCCUCGCCGACCUCGCCGCCUCAGAAUCCCCCGCCAUCCGCAUCGCCUACGAACCCAUGUCCUGGUCCGUCCACCACUCCACCUGGGAAUCCCUCAUCCCGCUCCUCACUGCAGUCGACCGCCCCAACUUCGGCGUGUGCAUCGACACGUUUCACCUCGCGUCUAAGCUGUGGGGGAACCCCCGCGAUGCGGUCACGGGGAAGUAUCCUGGCGCCGACGAAGCGCUGCGGGACUCGCUGGAGCGAUUCGUGAGGGACUUCCCCCUAGAAAAGCUGUUUUAUAUACAGCUGUCCGACGGGGAGAGGUUCGAGGAUGUGUACUCGAAAAGCCAUCCGUGGUAUGUGGAGGGGGAGGCGAUGGAGUUUUCGUGGUCGAGGCAUGGGAGGCCGUUUCCUGGGGAGAGUGAGCUGGGGGCGUACUUUCCGAUGGAGGAGAUGGUGAGGGCGUUGGUGGUCGAGAAGGGGUUUGAGGGGUGGGUUUCGUUUGAGACGUUUGAUAGGAGGAUGAGGGGGGAGGGGGUUGGGGUUGAGAAGUGUGCGGAGAGGGCGGAGAGGUCGUUGAGGUGGUUGGAUGGGGAGUUGGCGGGGGCGAAGGAGAAGUUGUGA